UUCAGAUCCUGCUGCUAGCUUCUUCUCCCUCAUUUCCCACCGCCAAUCCUUCCACCAGAUCCAUCCACCUCCCGCACUUUUUUUAUUAUUAUCUAUUAUUCAUCUCUUUUUCCAUGGCGGCGGUGGAAGAGUUCCAGGAGUCCGACGUGCUCUUCUCCGGCGACCACCACCGAGAAAUCACAGAUCAUCAUCAUCAUCAUCGUCACGACAUCCGACGGCAGCCGAGGUCCAGCAACAAUAAGCAGAAGAAAUGGAGCAGUAGUAGUUCUAAUGAUAACAGUGCUGCUGCUUCCUCGGUCCCGGUAGACAUCCCAGCUAAUGUUUUCCGGUUCGGAGAUUUGGAGGAUGAUGAGUAUGAAGAGGAGGAAGCCCAAGGAUUGGUGGUCCCUCCCCACGUCAUCCUGGCGAGGAGGGUGGCCGGGGAAAUGGCGUUCUCCGUUUGCACGGGGAACGGGCGGACGUUGAAGGGGCGAGAUUUGAGCCAAGUCAGGAAUUCGAUUCUGCGGAUGACUGGUUUUCUGGAGACGUAGUUCCAACUUUUGAUUAGAAGAAGAAAUAAAAAAAAAAGCAAGAGGAGAAGAAGCGGAAAUUAAAACUGAUUAGCGUAUGGAUUCAUGUUUGGUCACUUCGCCGGCCCAGCCCAGCCGAAUUCUGGGCUGGUGUUUUUCUUAUAGGUAAUCAUUGGCCCAAAUUUCACCAAGGGUGGGAUUGCGGUGUUGUAGUAAUUAGAAAAAUUGAAUCUACAAGAUACAUAAAGGUAAAAUAUGGGUUGGAAUUGUCUUAUUUUAAAUUUUGUGGUCUUAGAGUAAUUCUAGUAGGAUCAUUUUUGUCAUUGCACUCACUUCAUCUUUAUACAUUAAAAAUGUUAAAAUCAG